AGCCAGCGCUGAGAAACCCACUUGGUCGAGAAAGACAUCUUUAGACUUCACAUUGAAAGGCAGCUUGUCGUGCUAAGGUUGAAUAGUAGCCUAAUUGCUUGUUUCUGCCUCGCUCUCCAACAAGAACAAAAUGCUGUCGACACAGAAAACUUGCAUUCUGUGGGGAAUCUUGCUCUCUUUGAACUCGCUUCCUGCUACGGUUGGUGGCUUCGAUCUACCAAAGACAGCAGGUCGAUCGAAUGGCUCUGUUCCUGGUCACAGGAUAAGGACACCCAGUUCCACGUCGCUGGAGUCCGGCGAUACAAACAUUUCGACCAAACAAACCGGGAAAAUGUCGCCUCGCAGCAGACAGAUUGAUGAGGAUUUGCUUAGCCAAUUGAAAGACGUCGAGUCGGGAACGGCUGCUCGCAGGUUGUUGGAACGUGCUUUAUUUCUCGAUGCAGACGGCAAUAAUGCCAAGCGACCCUUGUUCGGAUCCAGUCAAAUCCCACCCGGCCUCUCCGACAGAAGCAUAUCCGACGGAGACCUCGCAAUCCAGACCAAAGUACGAAACAUGAAAUACGGAAUUUUUGAUCUGAUCGACACGAACGGGGAUCGCGAUGCAGAUAGAGCUUCGGCCGCUGUGUUCGGCACAUUUGUUGCUUCGAGUUUGAGUGCAAUCGUGGCGAACGAGAAUCUGCCUGGGCCGGAGAUUUUCCGAUUCGCAGUUGUAUGGAUACUAUCUUUCGCACCACUGUAAGUUUUGAUAACUCAAUCGUUGCAAAUACAUCGAUGAUACAUUGUCGCUAUGUCUGAUCAAAAUGCCCGUGAAACAACCAUUCUCCGGCUGUAAUGUAGUGCACUAGUUGGCUUUGGCAUUGGUUCUACGGAUAAGUUGCAGGCAUUUCUGGUUUCGGUCCAACGCCAAAUAUUUCCUGUUUACCGCAAACGAAUGGUUCAACACGAGGCAGGUCACUUCUUGAUAGCUCAUCUUCUCGGAUAUCCAAUCGCAGGAUAUUCUACAAAUGCAGUAAAAAAUGCAGUCGAGUUUUAUCCUUUGAGUGAUAAGGACGUAGGGAAAGACAAAGCUCGAAUGUUGGGGUUCGACCGAAACAUCUCCCGCGGUGAUGAGAGCCAAACAGAAAGGGCGAGACCACGUGUUAAUGAUGCCCCUUUCUUUAGUCCCGAAGGAAGCGGAGCGAUGGACCUUGAAACACAAUCGGUCUUUAGAAACAAGAAAGAUUACAGAAACAAUCCGUUUCUCAAAAUUGCAACGGAGGAUCAACCCAGGAAUUCUUGGCCGUACCGCGGAUUCGACCAUGGAACUGUGGACAAGUUGGCGGUUGUUAGUUGUGCGGGUGUUUGUGCUGAGAUCAUAUCCUAUGGAUAUGCAGAGGGUGGUCUUGCAGACAUCAAUCAACUCCAACAGAUUCUCGCAAAUGCGGAACCAGAACUCACUGAAAGAGACAAAGAAAACAGGUGGGUCAACGCAAAGCAACGCAACAUGUAAAAAGGAUUUUUGAAUCUUAUUGAAUUGUCAACGAUUCAUUCGACUAACCCCGUUAAACCUUUCUCCUUCUCCCAGGAUACGGUUCGCCAUGGGUUACACUAUGACUCAACUACGGCUUCAUUUGGGCUGUCUAGAUGCCCUUGCAGAUGUCAUGGAUAGAGGUGGAAGCAUUGCCGAAUGCGUAUCGGCGAUCGAAAGCUGCACGAACGUGAGUGGAAACAACGGGAUAAUUGGAGAGGACUACGAGGUCCGGCGGAGGAAAGAACUGAAAUCUUCGGCGUUGGGUAUAUUCGAAAAAAUUCUUCUAAAUCCCAAGAACGUCGAUGCGGAGGAAGACCGAUUGGUACAGGGAGCUGGGGGUGGUUAUCUAAAAGAAAAGCCCAGGUUCCUUCAAAUCAGCGGCGACGAUCCUCUCUAUAUUGCAGGGGGCAUUGCCUGCCUGUUUUUGGCUUACGCGACGAGUGGAGGGCUUUCCUUGCAUUAAUAGCCAUAGAGCUCGUGUUCUAGUAAUAUAAUAGGGUACUAGGGCAUAGCAAUACUCAUGGAAUGUUGCAAUAGAUCACAUUGUAACUC